AUGGCUUUCCUGCGACCCGUCCCGAGGAGGGGGGCAUCCCAUCUCCUCCUCCUCCUCCUCGCCAGCGGCGUCGUUGUACCUUUGUUGCCCAAGGCUGGCUUCUUUUGCCGGCAUCUGAACGCCACGGCUAGAGAUAUAGAUAUAUCAACACACAAUCACACAAUGGAGCUUCACUCGCUCAUGGGAAGAGAGGCCGCCUCGCCAAUCUUCGCCAUCGGUCCCAGUGAUCCGCCCUACACCAGCCCGUCUCUGACCGCCAACCUCGUCGCCCGCGUCGUCCUCGGCGUCGUGGCCAACCUGGUCUGCCUCGUCCCGCUCCGCCUCCUGUACCGCAACGGCGAGUUUGCCGCCGCCGUCUUCAUCGUCGUCGUCGAGGUCAAGAACGUCUUCACCAUCCUCAUGGCGCUGCUCUGGCAGACCGACGACCUCGCCUCGUGGUGGCCCGGCUACGGUCUCUGCGACAUUGAGCCGUUUGUGUACAAUGGCUGCGCCGGCAUAUUUGUCACCUGCCUCCUGGCCAUCAUGCGCAACCUCGCGCACCAGGUCGGCGUCCUGCGCGCGAACCCGAUGACGGUGCGCGAAAAGAGGCGCCGCAACCUCAUCCAGGCGCUCAUCAUCUUCCCGCUGCCCAUCCUGCAGAUGGCGCUUACAUGGCCGCUCGCCGCCCGCCGGUAUGCGGUUGGCACGUUGAUGGGGUGCAGCUGGGUGCCUUCGUCAACCUGGCCGUUCCUGGUAUUCUUUGUCAUCGCGCAGCUCGUCGUUUCCGUGGUGGCUGCCAUCUACGCAGUCAUGACAUUCUUUCGAUUCCGCGAGGUCACCAAGACCACCUCCUCGGCCCUCAGCAGCAACCGCGCCGCAUUCCUACGAAGUCAGCGAGCCAAGCGUCGCCUGUAUCUCAUGGUCAUGUCCAUUCUUGUUCCUUUUCUUCCCAUCACCAUCACUCUGUGCGUCCUCAACGUCCAUACUAUAGGACUCUUGCAACCAUUCAACUUCAACAAGAUCCAUCACUCCAAUCCUGGGGGGAUUCCAUGGGGCGCCAUCAUUUACGUACCCAGCCGUCUCAACAGCUUUGGCAGCCUAAACAACGGAUACAUUUCUAUCUUGACCGCAAUUCCCAUCUUUCUCUUCUUUGGCAUGACCAAGGACGCCAUCAACUCAUAUCGCAUGGUUCUGCUUUACAUAGGGCUGGGCAAGGUCUGGCCAGACCUGCGCAAUGAAUAUGACCCAGACAGAAAGGCGAUGCAAACAACUACGUCGUCUGGAUACCUCACUCGCAUUUCAGGACUCACAAAUCAGACCACCUGCAAGAGCACCGCAUCUGGCGAGAGCUUGAUAGGCAGCAGCCUGUCUCGUCUGGUCACGCCUCGCCUCGCGGAGUCACUUGGUGGCGGGCCUCAUGACGAUACCGCUCUGCGACCCCCUCCACCGAGCUGGACAAGUCUUCUACCCCAGAAUCUCUUUCCUUUCCGAAGCAAGACCAGUGGCGUAAACGUUGCAUCAGCAAUUCGGCCACAGGCUCCGGUGUUGCCUCCGCUCGGCACAGAGGCUUCCACCUUUUCGCUCCAGAGCCAAAACGAAGAUGAGAUCGUCCCGCAACCAGUCUGUCCCCAGUGCCAGCACUGUGCAAUGUCGCCUCCUCGCACCAGAAACUUUUCGCUCCCGGUGCUGCCCGCGGGCCAGUCACACCCUUCAGAGGCGCUGGAUCUGCCCAACGACUUGUCAACUUUGGAGUCCAGUAGCAGGAGUGUCAAGUUUGCCAACCGUACAUGA